GCGUCGUUCGAAAACACGGAUCAUAAGAUUAAAUCAGCGUUGCCUGCCAAUUUAGCUAACAUUAUUACUUUGCUAUGUAAUUCCUAGCUAUAUAUUUCAUUCAAUUAAUGCCUUAUAAAUGUGUUGCUGAUUAUUCGCAGCUAGCGCUACACACAGAUCCACACUAAAUCCAGUACAGGAAUAAAGUUCCCAGCCAAAAGCAGUUUGUUGGAGUCGUGUACCACGUCCUUAAUCUAGAUAUAGCUGGUUAGCUAGCUAAUACACAUUUAUUCAAGACAAAGAGAUUUCUUUGUUCACAUUUUCAGCAAUCCGAAGAAAAAUGUGGAUAAGCUAGGGUCUGGCGACAAACAGGACAUAUAUAACAUCAAAAUGUCAUCUUCCUACACAAGAAAGAAAGUACGACCAGCUACAGCGUCUGGCAUCAUUCAAAGUUCUACAAUACCACAUAUACUUGACGACCUGCGUCCAAACACUGUGAUUGGUAAAACUAAAGAAGUUGUGACAGGGUUAGAACCCACCUACAUUACUGCAAACAAACAAAUUGGUAAUAGGUUAGGAUAUAACAGUGCAUAUACUGGUAAGCAAGUUCAUGGUGGUAUUGAUGAGGACAGUUUUAAGGACAAGAUUGGGAGGAGAGCAACUCUUGGUGCUGUUGAAAACCUUGACCUUCUUACAGAGGAUAACCAACCAAAGAGGCCAUUAACUGUUCGAAAUAACUUGCAUUCCAUUAAGAUUGAAGAAAGAAUCACACUAGAACAUUUAAAUAAAAUGAAAAAAGCAUUUGAAGAAGCAGAUGAAGAUGGAAGUGGAACGUUAGAUUUAGAAGAAUUCAAAAAUGUUUUCAAAUAUUUUCUUGGAUUAAAAGGAGCUAAUGAACAUCAAAUGAAAGCUUUAUUCAUGAAAAUAGAUUCAUCAUCAGAUGGUGAAAUAAACUGGGAUGAGUUUUGUACGUAUAUGCAGCUGGAAUACACUGAGAAAGAGGAAUCCUAUUUCAGAGCUAAAGAAACAGCAUUUUAUCUUCCUGCCACUGUUGAAAACUCUCCACAUCGCGAUACAGUAUUGCGCGUAACUCAUACCAGUGAUAACACAUUCUUAACCAUUGGACAAGAUGGCUUUGUUUCAUUUUGGACACCAAAUAUGGUGUUUAAAAGAACGAAGCAGGUGGAAAGUGGAAGUAAAAAGAGCAAGUGGAUUACUGAUUUUAUUUCAAUGCCACAAUAUAAUAAAUUCAUCAUUGCUACCGGUGAUAGGGAAAUUCAAUUUCAUGAGCUAUCGACAUUUGAAGCUUACUGCCAAAUCAGUGGUUUGGAAACGGUUCCAUUGACGUUGGAUUACUGUUUUACAGGGUCGGAUGAUUGUUUAUUGCUGUAUGGUGAUUGUGAAGGGUGCGUCACUAUAUUUGUGAUAAAAAAUGUCGGAGAAAUGUUACGGUCAUGGAAAAAGAUGCCUAAAGUGGAAGGGAUAGCAAGUAUAAGUAUUGACAGUGUCUGUAUGUCAGAAAACGUCAAGUUUGUGAGAUGGAAAGUUCACAAUGAUUGGGUUCAAGAACUGCAUUAUUAUCAUUCGAUUCGUAGCGUGAUCUCUUGCUCAACUGACACCAGUCAUUCAUUGGUUAUUGGUCAAGCAUUAGGAAGUACAUAUGUUUCAAACCAAUCCAAAUUACAAGCCACCAUUUCCACAAUGAAGGAGGUACAUUUAAAAAGAAGGUUGGCUGCUGAUGAAACAGUUUUUCGAAUUUAUAAAGGUGUCAAAACAUUUGAUUUCAGUAAAAUGAAGAAUGUUUUGGUGACUGGAGGAAUGGAUCGUUUAAUUCGUCUGUGGAAUCCAUAUGUACCAACGAAACCAAUUGGAAUUUUGCGUGGACACGUCACACCUAUAUUUUAUUUAUUUAUUGUGGAAGAAGACAAUCGAUUGUUUAGUAUAUCCAAUGAUAAAACUGUCAAGGUUUGGGAUAUUCAUGAUCAAGCUUGUCUUGUAACAGUUACUCCGAAAUCACAUCUUAUAAAAGGAGAUUUAACAGCUGUUCAUUACAAUCCAAUAUCACGUGGUUUGGCUUUAGCAACAGAUCAUAUAGCACUUCUGCGUUUAAAAAACAAGCCACUCUCCAUGCAGUUAACAACGACGCACAAAGAAGCAGUCACCACAUGUUGUUAUAACAGUAGCUUCAAUCACGUCGUAACUGCCUCAGAAAACUCUGUCAUUAAAGUUUGGGAUGUCGAGAAUGGUGGUCAAGUUUUUGAAUAUUCCAAAGCACAUGGUGCAAUGUCAAUAACAGCAAUGUGCUUCGACUCUACCCAGAGAAGACUUGUGACAGGGGGACGAGACGGUAAAAUAAAAAUAUGGAAUUACAAUAAUGGCCAGUGCUUGAAUACACUGCAAACAGACGAAAACUCAAAAGAAGUAUCUUCCUUGGUUUAUUUUACUAUCAAUAAAAACAGAUAUAUUGUCUCGGUUGGUUGGGAUCGCAGGAUCAAUUUAUAUUCUGAUGACCAAAAUAUUUUACAUCAUAUUAAAAACCCGUACAUCAGAUGGCCAGAUGAUGUUCCGAGUCGUGCUCACAAAGAAGAUAUACUGUGUAUUUCGUACUCUCCACCGCAUUUUCUCGCGACUUCCAGUUACGAUGGAGAAGUGCUAAUCUGGAAUGUCACAUCAGGAAGAAUAUUUUGUAGGCUGCGCACCAGUGAAAUGGAAAAUGCAUCUCAUGUUGAGCUGUUAUCUGGCGAUUUGUCAGUUAGCAAAGUAUUAUUUCUUCCCAAACGUUCGCAAAACAGACAGUCUGCAUCUUUGGUAACAAAUGGGCCUAAAGCACAAAUUAAUUUCUGGAAUAUAUUUGAUUCGAACAAGCCUUAUGCAACCUUUUAUAUCAACGAAAAGAGAGUGGUUUCUUCUAUGAUUACCAACAAAGACAAUCAACUAUUGUUUACUGCGGAUGAAAAAGGAUAUAUCAUGGCAUGGGACAUAGAAAAUUAUUGUUUAAACGGAACAGAAAGCAAACCUCCAGAAGUGUACAGUAGUUGGAGGGCACAUAUUCAAUGUGUUUCCUGCUUAUGUUUUGUUGAAGAGCAUCAAUGUCUCCUUACUUCGUCACUUGAUUGCACUGUCAGACUGUGGACUUUAAAUGGACAUUUCAUUGGUACAUUCGGACAACCAAAAAUGUGGGACAUAUAUGACGCAUCCACUUUUCAACAUCCUAUGGCUCCCUACGAUGUUUUAAUGGAUCCUGGUAGCCUGCCAGAAAUUUCUGCUGAAAUUAUUUCCGCUGAAAGCGAUGAUGAAGUCACUGCUGAGGAAAAUGGUACAGAUAAAAAAUCAUACUCAACUGAUAAGAAAAAGACCUCUGAAGACAUCGAUGUCAAGGCGUUACUGGAAUCUUCCAUAGAAAAUGGAAAAACAUGUGGAAAAAGAUUACGUCACGCGAAACUGAAAUCCCAAGAGAAAGAAUCAUCAACAAGCGGAGCACAGCAGUUAAGUGGAACUUGCGCGUACAAAUUUCUUCGAUAUCACGAACUGGAAGAAGUACCUCCCGUGUUAGAAUCGUGACAAAAAAUGUUAUGUAUUACUUGAGUGAGAAAAUGAAGAAUUAAAAAGAUAUAGGUAUAAGAUACCUCAACAUACUUAACAUGUUUUGCAAAUGUUUGUGUAGAACAACUCUCGCGAUCAGCCUCAUUGUGGGUAAAGAAAGAUCGUACUUCAGUUUUAAACAUCUGUUAAAAAAUUUAAUGACAUUCUUGUAAAAGAAAUAUGAAUAACUUGUUUACUUGGUUACUAGUGUCCAGUAUUCUGGAAAACUGAAACAUUUUGAGGAAUAAUUUUGACCAUUUUC